AUGGAGAACAGUAACGUCAACGUCAACGUCAACAUGUUCGAGGCGCUCAAAGGCAACUCCCUUGGUUCGCCAGAGGAACCCCCCUACGACCCUCUCCCACCCAUCGAAGACCUACCCCUCCCGUCAACCUUUCGCUGGGGCACUGCAACAGCAGCCUACCAGAUUGAGGGUUCCCCAACUGCAGACGGCAAAGGGCCCUCGAUCUGGGAUACUUUCAGUCACCUCUCGCCGUCUCGAACGAACAACGAAAACGGGGAUAUCGCCUGCGACCACUAUAACCGCGUUGAAGAGGAUCUAGAUCUCAUGGCAUCAUACGGUAUGGAUGUUUACCGCUUCAGCAUUGCCUGGACGAGAAUAAUACCGCUGGGUGGACGGAAUGAUCCCGUCAAUGCACAGGGGAUAGCAUUCUACAACAAACUGAUUGACGGUCUUCUUGCGCGGCGUAUCGAGCCCAUUGUCACGCUAUACCACUGGGAUGUCCCCGCUGCGCUGUACGAACGGUACGGUGCAUUUCUGGACACAGCGGAGUUCGUGGCGGACUUCGAGACCUAUGCACGAGUGUGCUUCGAGGCGUUUGGAGACCGGGUCCGAAAGUGGGUUACCUUCAACGAGCCGUAUAUUAUUGCUAUAUUCGGACACCAUUCGGGUGUUCUUGCCCCGGGACGCAGUACGGAGACGGGCGGUGAUUCGUCAACGGAACCUUGGGUGGUUGGACAUACCCUUAUACUGUCUCAUGCGGCAGUGGUGGGGUUGUAUAUCCGGGACUAUGCGGGGGCCCAGAAGGGCGAGAUCUCCAUCGUGCUCAACGGGCACUGGUAUGAGCCGUGGGAUGCGUCGGAUCCUGCUGACCGCGAGGCAGCGCAGCGACGACUCGAGUUCUACAUUGCAUGGUUUGGAGACCCUAUCUUCCUGGGAAAAGAUUACCCGUCAGCAAUGAGGGCGCAGCUAGGCGACCGACUACCGCAGUUCACGGAGGAGGAACUAGCUCGGUUACGCCAGCUGGCAUCGCGCCAUACAUUUUAUGGGAUGAACCAUUACUCGACAAAAUUCGCAAAGGCGCUACAUGAACCUCCACCUUUGGAUGACUGCACCGGCAAUGUGGAGGAGCUGUCGACCAACAAAACAGGAAGGGCGGUUGGACCUGUUUCAGGAAUGCCCUGGCUUCGCGUUGCUCCGCACGGAUUCCGCAAAUUGCUGGGUUGGAUCUGGGCUCGCUAUAAGCUGCCCAUUAUAGUUACCGAGAAUGGAUGUCCGGAUCCAGGCGAGAGCCAAACGCCGGUGGAGCAGGCAAUUGAAGACAAGUUCCGCAUGACCUAUCUAGGGCUUUACCUAGAUACGAUCUCACGGGCGAUAACCGAAGACGGGGUCCAGGUUGAGGGGUACUAUGUGUGGAGCUUGAUGGAUAACUUUGAGUGGUCUGCAGGGUACGGUCCUCGGUAUGGAAUCACCCACGUAGAUUUCCAGACGUUGGUGCGAACACCGAAGCGCUCGGUUUGGUAUCUCAAGCACACCUUUGAGGAGCGCAGGCGUGGGAGUCUGACGCGGAGCCAUUGA